AUGUCACUUUUACAAGCAAUUUCUACUUUCUUUAACCCACAGACUACGUUAUCUUCAAUACCAAAUCGUAAUAGAGGCGUCGCAGCUAGUGGCAGUCCAACAACGCCAUCAGUUAUCCCUUUAAACCCAAAUUUGAAUAAAUCAGAUUGUGGUACUCCACCACCAAGUAGCUCUACUUUCAUCCCGAAUUCACCUGCAUUGCAUCCAUUUCCACCACCAAGUCCUUAUCCUCCUUUGAAAAGUACUUAUCAACGUAUUAAAAAGUGGUCAAAGAGUCGAUGUCCUGAGAUCUAUGACACUUUAAAUAUACCCGCUUCAAUUCUCACUUUAGACGCUCUUGAACUUAAUAUCGGUUUUCAAUUACCACCUGCAGUUAGAGAUUACUUUUUAGUUCAUGAUGGUCAAGACAUUGAUAACGAUUCCGAUGGUUUGUUAUUUGGUUUACACCUCCUUCCCAUCGACGACGUACUUGAACAGUAUGACUUUUGGAGAAGCGUUGAUGAACAUGAUCAGGUUCAUAACAAUCAUUUCUUACUUUCACGCAUGAAAUCUGUUCCUCAUGGUUGGGUAAAAUGUCUCUACUCCAACCCCGCUUGGUUACCUUUAGCUACUGAUAAAAUGGGUAAUUACAUUGGUGUAGAUUUAGAUCCUCCAACUGAUCAACCAGGUGCUGUACCUGGUCAAGUCAUUCUUUUCGGUAGAGAUAUUGAUACAAAGGUUGUUGUUUGUCAUUCUGAUGGCUCUGGCGGUUGGGGAAAGUUCAUGUCUCACUUCGCUGACUUAUUAGAAACUGAUCAAGUUACUUUUAAACAUGACGAUAGUUACUUAAGUAGCUCUAUUGAUAGUAUAGAUGACUAUAUAGGAUCUGCAAAUAAAAUUGGAAUGAAAAUUGGUGGCGAGUAUAAAGGUUGGGAUGUUAUUGAGGCGCUAUUUGAUAAGAGUGUAAAGUUUUGGUCGGAAAUCGGUCUUGGGGAGGAAGAUGCACCAGCUUUAAACGUUGAAUCCCCUCAUGGUACACUCUCACCGAUUUCCAUACCACAAUCAUCUGGAAAACAGAGAGCUCAAACAGAACCAAUUCCAUCAACAAGUAAAGCGACUUUAACACCGGAGAGAAAGUCGGAUAGGAUGAGAGUGAGCCACUCAGAUAAUGGCAAAACACACCAACGCAGAUCAGCAGUCACACUUCCACCAGCUGCACCAAUAGAUUUGCCUACAUCUGAUCAAAUAAGGGAGGUUGCGAAUGAGGCGAGAAAUGAGGCAAACAAUGGCAAGUCGUGGAUAUUGCCAUCGCACGUACAACAAACAGUAUCAAAGCAGAAGAUGCACCAGGAUUACACUAAUGGGGAUAUAACCGAGUUAAGAAAUUUUGGUAGAUCAUCAACGCCGACAUUGUCAUUGACAUCAACAUCUAAUGCCACAGUGGAUAGUUUGGGAUUGGAGCAUGGUAAUGGUGGUGGUGAGAACAGCAACAAUAAUAACAACAGUAACAGUAAUAGCAGUGGGAUAAGGAAUAGCUUAGGACUUGCACAUAGCAACAACUCAGAUGAGUCAACCAACCCAAUGGCGUCAACUAUCAGACUUGUACACUCACCUGAGCGUAUAAACAAGUCAACACUUAACAAGAAUGAAGAUUUUCAAGAUGUUUCACUAGAUAUCAGCCCGAUGUGA